AUGCCGUGGCCGCCACACACCCUUGAGCAAUUUGGCACGGUGGCUCGGGGUGACGUCGAUGAGAGCGAGUACUACGGUCCCUAUAAUGGCCUCUUGGGUGAACUGUUUCCUGGUCGCUCUCAUUUCAUGGUGGUGCCACAGUACAAACGCCCUCGAUUUCCGCAAUUCGUAGACUUCACGACCAUCUUUAUCGUGCAACACAAUAAGCAUCCGGUAUUUUUCAUCGAGAUCAAGCCUUCCUCGCAUGUGGAUACCAUUGCAAAUCGUGCCGCCGCCGAUGAUCAGAUGAGGGAACGAUUCGAAUCAUUCGCUGAACAAGUUAGCAUAGAUACUUUAUACGGGAUCAGUGCGCUCGGGUCCCGUGUUUGCGUAUACUCGUACGAUCGUGCAACUCGGCGGAUAGUCCCCGCAGCUAUUGAAAAAGACGCAAGCAGGGUGAAUGACAGGGCCCCCGCGAAGUGGUGGGGAUUAGACAUACUCGAGGAUGAUGGCGAAGCACACCUCCGCCAAGUGACUACACAUGUGCACCAGAUGUGCUCCACAUUGCAAACCCAUGGCCAAGACUAG